GAGAAAACGAACUGUGAUUUUGAUGUCUGCAAAAAAACAAAACUACACUCUCAGGAAAUGGCCUUUAGUCUCUGCUGCGUAAGGGUCUCGUUGCUUUUGCAGUUACUAAAUUAGGUGUUUCGCCUCAAUGUGCGCCAAAACUCACAUUCUACCGCACUGAUUUUUAGGUUGUAGCCUACCCCCUCGUCUGACUGUCUAUCUGUUCGACUGUCUCGCGGCUUUAUUCGUAGAGUGAGCGCAGGCAACAGGCAGUAGGCACUGGUGGUGGGUGACAGCCAUUCGUCCACAAACAGCGGAGCAGAGAGUGCGGGAGAAAGGGAAUGGGCCGACAAUACUCAGCAGCAGCAGCAGUACUUGUUUGGAUAGUGCUGGUAGAUCAGUGGGCCACGAUGAUGUCACGGUGUUAGCUGUAGUAGUUAACAGCCGUUCCAACAGCUCGGGCUGGUUAAGUUGCACAACGCGAACCAAAGAACGAUUCUUGUUCUAAAUAGCCAAAGUAAAAUUCGCACCAGUCACAGAAAACCUUCACGCUUUUUUUGAAUCGAAUCAAGAAGAACUAUACAAAAGUAGACAACAUAAAAGAUUGGAUAUGUUAACGUUGGUCGGUAUCAUUGGAGAAGACCGCUUACUCUGUGUUAUCGUAGAAACGAAAUUGACACGUGUAUGCAACGUACAGUGAAGAUGCCAGCUGUCGAAGCCAAACCGGACGUCGUACCUCAAGAAGCCGUAUCUGCGCCACAUGAUGACGAGGGCAAAGAAGAUGUCCUGAUGUCUAGAAAUGUCAAACUUAUUCCCAUCACUAAUCAAACGCGGGAGCUGCAAACCAUUAUCCGAGAAAAAAAUACUUCUCGCGGAGAUUUUGUCUUCUACGCAGAUAGGCUGAUACGGAUGGUUGUGGAAGAGGGAUUAAAUCAUUUUCCGUACACUCCACAAACGGUUAUUACCCCUAUUGGGGCACCCUACGAGGGUUUGCGCUUCGUCAAGGGAGGAUGCGGAGUAUCCAUUGUCCGAUCGGGUGAAGCGAUGGAGAAGGGGCUGAGAGAUUGUUGUCGAAGUAUCCGGAUUGGAAAGAUUCUUAUACAGAGUAACGAAGAUACACACGAAGCUAAGGUGGUCUAUGCUAAGUUCCCAGAGGAUAUAGCCAGGAGGCGAGUCCUUUUAAUGUAUCCCAUAAUGUCGACGGGGAACACAAUUAUUAAAGCGACCAAGGUACUUCUUGAGCAUGGAGUACAGCCUGAUAACAUAAUUUUGCUCAAUCUCUUCUGUACGCCCAAAGCCGUUCGUUGCGUCACGAAAGCUUUCCCACAGCUGACCAUACUCACGACUGAGAUUCAUCCUGUGGCACCCAAUCACUUCGGACAAAAAUAUUUCGGUACUGAUUAACAAGAUCCUCUUCUCAACCAUCUUAUGAUGCCGCUGUAACCACCAAUGAUUCAUAUACAUAUAUAUACGUGCUGCGCUUUUACUUGUUGAGAUAUUUUCACAUACACACACACACAAAGAUGAUGAAUUGAUCGUUCGUCAUCAUUAUUGCCAAACUUAUUGCUAGUGACAAAUUUUUGGUAACUUGCACCAAUCACAUCCAUUUCGUCGUCAUGCUGGCAAAUGAUGCAGUUCGUUUUGCCUAUUCUAUUUAGAUUUUUCAACAUUAUAUACGAGUAUUUUGAUUUUCCAUUAGUGCUUCGAGUAUUUUUUAUGCUGGAAUAAAAAGCAAAUUGAAUUAUCCAAAUUCGUUUAUUUCCGACAUCCGAGUCUAUUGUUAACGACAAUAACGGGCGUUACAAACUGCACAGUCAUCAUGAUUACUCACAUACAAAUCACGUCGAUGCACGUUACUAUUUAAAAAUACACACACGCACAUUCAAAUACGAAUACAUACGCAAUCAGAUACAUAUAAAAUAUACAAAACAACUAAAAAGUAUAAAGUGUCAUCAUAGCAAAUGGGCAAAAAGCUCGAAUUAAUUAAACGGCUGUCUUUAAAAUGAAGACAGUUCUGCCACCGGCCACUUUUCUAUGCAACCCCAUAAUAUAUGACGCAGAAUAAAUCAUUAGACGACUAUGUUUCUUCGAUAGAUUCCGUCAACUAAAUUCUCCCUAUUUAAGCACUAAUUCAUGCAAGUAAGCUUAUAGAGGUUGCGAAGCUUCUAUGCAAGCGGGAAUUCGACUAUUUUCAGGAAUCGUUGAGCUUUCAGAAGUGCGGCUCGUUGAGGUGCUAAACGAAACAAAGUACGCAUAGCGAUUAGGCGUCAAGUAUGAAACGUGACAGAAAUUCAUCUCAUAUUACCAAUUUGACGUUAUUUUAUAACGGUUCGAGAUAAUUUCACGAUACUUCUUAUAGUUGAGCUUUUAACUUGUAGUCAGUCAUAGAAAGUCAGAUCUCCAUCCUGAAACUACAGCGGCGGAGAUAGUUCUCCGUAUAAACAUUGUAUAAAGUAUUGUUCUAUAAAGCUUCUACUCCUAGAGACACCAUGAACCGUUCAUACGAAGAAUUCCGAGAAGGAAUUCCGAGUUCGGAAAUGACUAUAGUAAAAGACCACUGAGAAGAUGAUUAACGGUGUGAAGAGUUGAAAGCUGUGGCGAAAGCCAAUCCAUGUUGAGGUGCACAGGUGUUAGCACCCACGUUUGACGUAUGCAAAAAUUAUCUACUUGUUCACUUGGGCCAAACAAAGGGAGGAUUAAAGACAGACACAUAAGCACAUACUUCUCUUUGCUCGCACGUUGAAACAGCAGUCUGUUGCUAUACCGAAUUGUGGGAAGUGAAUCCUUUACAUUAAUCGUCACAUCAGUAAAUGGAUGCAGCUAAACCGGCAGGACAUCAUCCUAAAGCAAAUGCACAGCUAUAGAAAUUUAUGGUGUCUGUUUAAUAGGCUAAUGCAGGUGUUAUUCACCUUAGCUUCAUGGGUCCUGGUUCAUCAAUUAUGGCUGAAGUGUAUUGUCAACAGCUAGAGAAAAUGAUGGUAAAAAGAAUUCCGUAUUGAGCAAAUAGAGGUAAACCAUUGCUAUUUCAUGGGAAUACUCACUGUGGAAAGAAUAUAAGAAUUAUAGUAGGGGGCCUUUCAGCACUCACCAUACUCGCUAGUUUAUUGCUCAUGACUUUUUUUUCUCUAAAAUAACGCCAAUUUACUGUUAGAAAAACGACUUAAACCUAUCGUGAUGUUAGGAUUGCCUUUCUAGACUUAAAACUUCCUCUCGCCAGACACCCAUGGAGUGGCCGAAAGUUAUAGCAUAUUUCUAUAAAACAAGUAAACUUGCAGAAAACUUCGCAUUAUGUCGAGUUUCAGAAUAAACGACCUGAUAAUACAAUACUAAAAAGGUAUUCUAAGAAGUAUCCGUUUAUUGGUAUUUUUAGUACUAUUGGUGCUGCGGAUUUACUCUCUGUUUUAUAUAAUAUUUUAUCAGCCUCCCAACAUGUAAAGAAAAAGAUAAUAUUGUGACAAAGAUAUUGGUCGUAGAAAAACUACACAGCAGCGUCAUAUACUGGGUUCAUGGAGGAUUGAUUGUUCUGGUCAUUUCCUCUGUUGUUCUAUAAAAGUCGAACUAUUGAGCAGCAUGAAGUGUAUUCAUAUGACAGGCGAGCAGAGGUUGCCAGGCACCACAAUUUCAUUUGUUCUAGACGGCGCUGUUCUCGCUACGAUUCCGUCCCUUAUGCGUUUAUGCCUCGAGCAAACAGGAUGAGCAGACGGAAGAGUAAAAGUAUAAGGAACCAUAUUUUACUGGAGAGAUACCAAAAGAUACUUUUGUGUUUGCUUAUUGAAAAAAAAUUACUAUGUUACGGAUUCGAGCUAGUUACGUUUGAAGAUUAGUUUGUUCUGAGGGUGCGUCUUUGUGCAGUGUUGAACGCGAACAACAAACAGACAUUUGAAAAAUGUUUUUCAAGUAUCUAAUCACACAAGAAGAUUUUAUGUUUAUCUGUGGAUGUACAUACUGCCAAGUGUUGGCAAUAUAUAUAUAUAUAUAUAUAAUGAAAUGGACCUAAGACGUUGAAAAUAAAAUAUAUACAGAAUACGGCACCUAAAUUAACACUUUGGCGAACUAUUUGGCGUAAAAGUCAUGCGUUGAUCCGCCAUUAUUAGUAUUACAGGAAAGCCUGUUUUUUUUUUG